AUGAAGCUUAUCGUCGUUGGCGCUACAGGCUACAUCGGCGCCGGGAUCCUUCGUCAAGCCCUUGCACGCUCAGACGUCACCAGCGUUGUCGCUGUGACCCGCCGGCCUCUCCAACAAACCGCCACGAAACUCCAAAACGUCAUUGUGCCGGAUUAUGGUACAUACUCAUCCGCGGCAAAGGAGGCUUUUGCCGGCGCAGGCGCAUGUAUCUGGACAGUGGGCGUGACACCCUCUCACGCCUUUCGAAUGGAUCCUGAAGAGGUGCGCAAGGUUUGUCAGGAUUAUACCAUGCUCGGCCUUGAAGCAAUGCGCUCGUCCGGACUUGCACGACCGUUUCGAGUAGCGUAUCUCAGCGCGGUGGCAGUUCCGCGGGAUAUCAACAAGACUAUGUGGUUUGCUCCCAAGUUUAGACGAAUACGGGGCACAGCAGAAAACCAAGUUGUAGAAUUUGCAAAGGCCAGCGAUGGUGCGGUUGAAGCGGUAAUAGCUAAGCCCGGGCCUGUCCCUGUCCAGGGUGGUAUGUUCGUUACUGCCUUGGCAGCUGCCUCUCGGGCUUUGGGUACUGGCGUCACUGAAGCCGUAGUUUUGGAUGAUCUGGCUAUUGCUCUGAUUGACCAGGUUGUUCACGGAAUUGAAAAGGACCCACUGUGGCCAGCAGACUUGAACCGCUUGGCGCAACAAGUUAAGGAUAAGAAGGGUCUUAAGUAA